CUCUUCAACGAAUAGAACUCGCCCUUUUAAUCGCCGAUGAUCUCAACUAUCCUUGCUGUCUUUUCUUCGCUCGCAAGACUAAUCAUGUCGGAUCCAACUAAAGAGAAAACAUUCAUUGCUGUCAAACCAGAUGGGGUUCAAAGGGGACUGAUUGGUGAAAUAAUUACACGAUUUGAAAGAAGAGGCUACAAAAUGGUUGCCUGUAAAAUGAUUCAUGCCAGCAAAGAACUUCUUGGAAAGCACUACUCGGCUUUAGCCAAGAAGCCAUUUUUUGACGAUCUGGUUGCAUACAUGCAUUCUGGGCCUGUCGUGGCCAUGGUUUGGGAAGGUAGAAAUGUUGUAGCUAUGGGCAGAAAACUGCUUGGUGCAACAAAGCCCGAUGAUUCAGCUCCCGGAACGAUCAGAGGGGACUUUUGUAUUGACGUCGGACGCAAUAUAUGUCAUGGCAGUGAUGCAGUAGAAAGUGCCAAGAAGGAAAUAGAUCUGUGGUUUGGGCCUAAGGAGGUGAUCGAGUGGGAGUCUUGUGAGAAGAGCUGGGUAUACGAGUGACCAUAAACAGAAUUAGGACAAUGUGGGGUCUUCCAUACACAUCUUUGCAAAUUCCUGCUUUAAGUAUUUACACAGCACCGCAGGAUUUCGGUAUGCUCAAAAAACCUUUCCAUUCCUAAUGAAUUUUGAUAGAAAAAAAACACUAUGCUUUUAAAGAGGAUUUUGUAAUCUUGUUUACAUUCGUAGACUGAUUUACUCAUGUUAAGAUUCCCACAAUUAUGAAUAAAAAAGCCAAGUAGAA